AUGAUAUCAGAGGAGGACCACCAGCUUUCGUGGAACGUUCAAGCUUCCGAGUUCAUCGUCGGCCAAGCAGAGGGUCGAUUUCAAUACGCUCUAUCGACAUUAAGUGCUCAUGCAAGAAUGUUUGUGCCUGGUCAGCAAGAGCAUACUCUAAGAUGCCAUGAAGAGCAACUCGGCGCUGCCGCCAUGGAGUCUAUGCCUCGCAACCAAGAGCACAUACCCACCCUGACGCCCUCUACAUCUGCAAAUUCUCAGCCUGCGCCAUUCGAAGAAGCAUCCUCCUCCUCACUGAGCCCGACAGCGCACGCUUUUGUUCCAGGUGCACAUGAUUGGUGCCCAUACGUCUUUGAAUCUCAGGAAGACUUCGACGCGGAAGCUCGAUUUAUGGAUUCGAGGGUUCGAGCCUAUGAGGAGGACCGGGAACAGAACGGUUUAUAUCCGCACGGGAUUUACUUCCCCAGCAGCAGCAAUAAAGACAACGCCGUGCCAGAUGUCUUCUGUCCUGUUCGCUCCCUUGCACGAUUUCCUCCUCAGGAACCGGAAGCAGAACCCAGCGCAGAAUCUUUGUACGCCCAGUGCCAAAGACGGCUCCUUGAGUCAAUCGAUGGACAUACAAAGUAUGAAGACUGCCUGAUCAAGGAGUUGAUUGGAGAGUGCGUCCACCAUUUCAACUUCUUCGGCCGCCCGGUCUAUGACAAGUCGUCGACGACUCCUGCUGCGAUCAUCGCCGUACUCAAGUCGUCGCCAAAGCAUUUUGCGAAAACGGAUCCCCGGGACCUAAGGAUUCACACGACAGUCUCGUCUGCUUCUCUGUUCCUUGACCCGGUUCUCUAUUACGGUGAUGCGGACGUUCUCAACAAACUACGAGGUUCAGCACUCGAGAACGCUGUCAUUGGACAGUGCCUGAAAUUCUACAGCCGUGCGGGCUGGUGGACCAUGGACCGAUGGAGUAAGGAUGAAGACUACCCUGAAGUGGAUCCUCUAGAUCCAAACGCAUACGUCGAAGGCUGGACCAUUGUCAACGGUUGCACGAAGGGGUUUCGUAGUCGAGAAGACAUCCUAUCCACUGGCACGGAGGAGAUGCUCGAGAUCGACAAAGCCCGCAAGGCCGCAGUACAGUCUCGAAUGAGGCGGGAACCAGUCAAAUCAAGACUUGGCCUUGCUUGCAUUUCGUACGAAGAUGUCGAGAAUCCCCCCAUCUUCCGUCAGGUUCGACGACGACUCACCGCAAACCCCAAAACUGGGGCUGAAGAAAAAGACUCUGUUGCUGCCAGAGCCAGUACUACCUUUCAGGCCACGAUGGGCCAGACUUCUGGUAAGCCCACUGUUGCUCCGUUGCCUUUGGCGGCGGCUCCUGUCCCCAGAGAUGAAUUCGAGCGGAAAUGUUAUGCUACUUGCCCGCCACCCUCGGCCAAAUGGGAAGACGAUAUUGACAGCGACGACGAUGAAGAGGAGCCCUCGGAAAUCGGCACGACUGCAUCUGAAAAGGUGGUUGACUACAAUGAGACGAUUGCUUUGGUGGAGGAGAACGUCACUAUCAACGACAUCCCCACCAUCAACCAUCAAUGUUCGACUUCCUGGCUGACACGGUCAAUUGCUGGCCAUUCCAGAAGUGCCGACCUCAGUCAGUCCCACGCCACUUCAACAAGUUCUCCAGAUCCAUCUGACAAUGAGGAGGUCGGGCCAAAAACAGAUUCGGAUGAUGAAACCGACAGCACCUAUGGAAGUUCCGAGGGACCAAAUGAUCAGCUAUACUCUCCAGAGCAUGAGGGACGAGGCCGUUCAGACGAGGAAAUCUUCGGGAUGACUUGUGAAGAAGAGUUCGAAUCCAUACAUGGAAGGCACUGGGGCAACCCUUUGUCGUCUCGGAUAGUGGAAGUUCCAGACGAUUUUAUCGCAUCCGAUGAGCAGAAAUCACCUAUCCCUGCACAAAAAGUGGCGGCUAUAGCCAACGAAUUCAUGGCAAGCUUGGAUGCCAUUGAGGCUGCCAUGAAAUUGAACCUUGCUCCAUCUUUGCUGUCGCUCGAUUCAACUUCUUCAUCCAACCUUGUCUACUAA